UCCAAAAAUGAACCCCACCACAAAAAAAUGGUAACAAUGAUGAAUGUUUGUGAAAAAAAACAAAUUGAUUUCAAGUCGUUAGGAAGAGGGGAGACAAAUGAGUCAGAUCAUCUUGCUUACUUGGAAUUGCAUAAGCUCUGUUUGGCUCUAUGUUCUAACUCUUUUUUGCUAUCAGACGCGGCCUUUUUCACCAUGACAAAGAUUAGUCCCGAAAUUGAGACCAAGAUGCCAAUGGAAGCAGUUCCGCCUGUUUCAGCCGAUGUGAGCUUUAUUUCAAAUAGUUUUCCAAAGUAUAAACUAGGAGCCGAUCAUCAAGUUUUUCAAGAGCCUACUGCGGAUAACAACGGUCCUUCUUUGAAAGAUGUUAUUGAACAAGAAGCUUCCAAUUUAUCAGACCAGAACAAGCGUAUCUCAGUUCGCGACCUUGCUAGUAAAUUUGACAAGAACUUGUCUGCAGCUGCUAAGCUAUCGAAUGAGGCAAAGCUAAGAGAGGUGCCAUCGUUGGAGGGACACGUUCUUUUGAAGAAACUAAGGGAUGCGUUAGAAUCUUUGAAAGGCCGUUUUACGGGAAGAAAUAAAGAGGAUGUGGAGAAAGCUAUCUCUAUGGUGGAAGCUUUAGCUGUUAAGUUGACUCAGAGUGAAGGAGAACUGAUUCAAGAGAAGUUUGAAGUGAAAAAGCUUGUGAACUUUCUCAAACAGGCUUCUGAAGAUGCUAAAAAGCUGGUUAAUCAAGAGAAGUCUUUUGCUUGUGCCGAAAUCGAGAGUGCUAGAGCAGUGGUGCUGAGAAUCGGGGAAGCACUUGAGGAACAAGAAAAAGCUACACUAGCUUCUCAACCACAGAAUGUGGAUGGACUAGUAGAAGAGGUUCAAGAGGGUAGAAGAAUCAGAUUGCUGCAUCAGCCAAGCAAGGUAAUGGCUAUGGAACAUGAACUUCGUGCUUUAAGGGAUCAAAUUCAAGAAAAAUCGAUAUUUUCAAUUCAGCUUCAGAAACAGCUAACAAUGAGCAAAUGGGACAAGGAGAAUAAAUCUCAUUCAUAUAAGUUAGAUGGUUCUGAAGCUUUAGGUUCAUAUCUGCAAGUCAAGCCUUGCUCAAUUGAAGUACCACAGGUUUCAAAAUGUUCGUUUCAGUGGUAUCGCUUAUCAUCUGAAGGCAGCUGGAGGGAAGUUAUUUCAGGUGCCAGCAAAUCAAUGUAUUCUCCCGAUCCCCUUGAUGUUGGGAGAAUGUUACAAGUGGACAUUGUCUCCGAUGGAAAAAAACUUACACUAACAACUAAUCCGAUUCAAACUGUUCCAGGACUUGGAAGUCACAUGGAGACACUUCUCCGAAAAUCCAAUACUGAUUUUAGUGUAGUUAUUUCUCAGAUGAAUGGAAAAGAUCACUCGUCACAUUCGACUCAUUCAUUUAAUGUGGGAAGAAUGAGGAUAAAACUAUGCAGGGGUUGGAUUACAAAAGCUAGAGAGAUUUACUCACCAACAAUGCAGCUAUGUGGAGUCAGAAGUGACGUCGGCAAUGCAGCGAAGGCACUAUUUUGGCAAGCAAGAAAAGGGCUCUCAUUUGUGUUAACAUUUGAAUCAGAGAAAGAUAGAAAUGUCGCCAUUAUGAUCGCCAGGAAACACGCUCUCGAUUGCAAUGUUGUGCUUGCUGGACCAGAUGAUCUAGUGUAGUAGCAAAAUUAACUGAUUGAGUUUUCCAACAAAAGUGAGUUUUAUGAGAUUCUUGGUGUGAUUAUACAUGUGUGAUUGUUUUGUUUAAGGUGUGAUUUAAUACUUGUAAUUGGGUUUCCACUAAUUAGGUUGCAUUGUUUUUAGGCAUGUUUUUUUUGUUUGCCUAAUCAUGUUGUAACAAACUCAAGUUUUUAUGAUUAUUUGUUCAUUUGUUCA